AUGCUGGUCCUUCAUCAUCCCGCAACGCUCGACCACUGUAUCAUCGAAAUUUUAAACGGAAAAGUGAUCCCAGCCUAUGAAUGCCCUCAGCGAAUCUCCACCAUUCUGAACACCCUAGAAGUGGAAGGCCGUCAUGAAUUGCGCGACACAAGCAAGAACCGGCAGAAUGGGGAGAUUUUGAGUGAAGAGGGACCGGGCCAAGAGGGAACAUGGCUAUCGGCGACGACACCCGUACUUACGCGCCGGUUCAUUGCCGAAUCCCACGACCCUGGCUAUGUUGAGUACCUGAAAACGAUCCACCAUGAAUGGCUAUCCUUCCUACACACGGCCAUCUCAUCCCCGCGCGAGCCCAAGGACAUUUUGGCGUUGAGCAGGCCUCCAGGGCAUCAUUGCACAACAGAGAUGGCGGGUGGUUACUGCUACUUGAAUAACUCGGUCCUCGCGGUUCACGCCUUGCGCCACUUCCACGCGACUGGACCCGGCCAUGACUCGGUGGGUGCGCCACCCAAAAUCGCCAUCUUGGACUUGGAUUUUCACCAUGGAAACGGUACUCAAGACUACUUUUACCGCGAUCCUUCGGUGUUAUAUGUCAGCCUUCACGGAAAAGACGAGUACCCUUAUUAUACGGGAUUUGAAGACGAAAAGGGCGAUGGUCCUGGCAAAGGCUCAACCUGGAAUUUUCCCUUAUCCGUCCGGACUUCGGCCGAAGUGUACAUAGCUACGCUGAGACGCGCUAUGGGUAUCAUUUCGGAAUCAAAGCCUACCUACCUCGUGGUCAGCCUUGGGUUUGACACGUACCGGAUGGACCCUCUUGGGUCCUUCGCCAUCGAUACUGAGGACUAUGAGACUAUUGCACGCACGGUGAGCUCGGAUUUGUCGUUAAAAGGGGUGCCUGCCGUCAUAUUGCUCGAAGGGGGCUAUGUACUGGAGGCUUUAGGUCAAAAUGUUGGCUCGUUCCUCAGGGGUGGGAGGCGGGCCGAGCUCAAGGACUCUGAAGUGAAGAAAAAUCAGAGGCAAUAG